AUGGUGGUACCAACGCAUUCUAUCUUGUAUUUUUGCAUCAUCGUUACAGUUGCCAAAUUUGUUGUCUGUGCAUCCUCAUCGAUUGAUAGAAUCGCUGCGACGCAGACUUUUACUUUCAGUUCUGAAUUUAUACAUAUCAAAGCCAUCGGUGACAAACCAACUCUCUUGUUUCUUCAUGGCUUUCCAUCAUCAUUUCAUUCAUGGCGUCAUCAAACUAAAUAUUUUUCAGAUCAAGGCUACGGUUGUCUGGUGCCCAAUUUAUUGGGCUAUGGUAAAACUUAUUCUCCUGCGAACGAGACUGAAUACGAUAGCAAAUCAAUAGUCGAUCAUCUGAUUGCUCUUCUUUAUCAUGUAAACUUGGGCAAUUCCAAAGUCUUCGUCAUAGGACAUGACUGGGGUGCACGAACGGCCAGUCGAUUUGUUUUAUAUCAUCCUGAACGAACAUUAGGCGCUGUGCUACUCAGCGUUGCAUAUAGUCCGCCUGGCCAAUUUAAUCUGAACGUGGUUCUUAACCAGUCACUUCUAGUUUAUAACUAUACAAGCAUUGGUUACUGGGAAUUCUUCCAAGCUAAUGAUGCAGCACGAAUUAUUGAAGAAAAAUUGGAUAGCUUUAUCGACCUUAUUUUUGCGAAUGAUUCAAUGCUUGCAAGAACAGAUUUUGCUCCAGUUGGUAAAGUACGAGCAUGGCUAAGCAGUGGAAGACGAACUGAUCGGGCUUCGUAUAUGACACAAGAAGACUACCAAACAGUUUACGACUAUCUCAAUAAACAAAUGCAACCAAAGUUGAACUGGUUCAAAGCAAUCAUUGCCAACGUCGAUUGGGAGUAUGAAAAGACUCUUAAUGCAACAGUGCAACGACCUGUACUCUUUAUUGAAGGCACCAGAGAUUAUAUUGGCAUUAUUGGUGCUAGUGAAAGACAAAAGCAAUAUAUCUCUGACUUGAAAAUAGUUAAGCUGGAUACUGGUCAUUGGGUGAUGGAAGAAAAACCAGAAGAGGUCAAUCGAGAGAUCGAUCAAUGGAUCAAAGAAGUUAUAUCUAACAAAUUGAAUUCAACAAAAUGGAAUUCAUCGAUUCCUGGUGGAGAUUCAGAAUUGCGUGGUGAUGGUGCUAUUCGACGAAAACAUCCACUUGGCUCUACUAUUGAACAAACUUAUGCUGGCGUUCUAUCAUUUCUUCGCCGAAAUUAUACGCGUGAUUUGAGUAAUGUUGACGUUGCCGUUACUGGAAUUCCUCUUGAUUUAGCGACCACUUAUAGACCAGGUGCAAGAUUCGGACCGAAAGGCAUUCGAGAAGCAUCUGCACAAGUAGCAAAACGAAAAUCCUAUCCUGAGGGAAUCGAUGUAUUUGCAGAUCUAGCUGUUGUUGACUACGGUGAUUGUUGGCUCGAUUGUGGCCAACCUCAUACAAUACCACUUGCUAUUGAAGCCCACGCGAGAGAAAUUAUUGAUCAAAAUGUCUUUCUUCUCUCACUCGGUGGUGAUCACUACUCAACAUAUCCAUUAUUAAAAGCACAUGUUUCCCGGCAUGGCAAACCAUUGUCUCUCAUUCAAUUUGAUGCACAUUGUGAUACAUGGCCAAGUGACACACCACACAGUCUCAAUCAUGGUUCCAUGUUCUAUUAUGCUGUACGCGAAGGUCUUAUUGAUCCACAAACAUCAAUACAAAUUGGUAUUCGUACAUUUAAUGAUGAUUUUAUGGGUGUAAAAAUUCUUGAUGCUGAAUGGGUACAUCAACAUUCUAUCGAUGAUGUAGUUGAUGAAAUUAAGAAUCGAGUCGGAAAUAAUGCAACUUAUUUAACAUUUGAUAUCGAUUGUUUGGAUCCAUCAUGUGCUCCUGGUACGGGUACUCCAGUAUGUGGAGGUCUAACAAUGGCACAAUCAAUUGCUAUUCUUCGUCGACUUCGUUCAAUUAAUUAUGUUGGAAUGGAUAUUGUUGAAGUAUCUCCAGCAUAUGAUCAUUCUAAUAUAACGAGUCUAGCGGCAGCUACUAUUGGCUAUCGACUUUUAUGUUUACUUCGGGAUAAAAAAAUGAUUGAUAAAUCAUUUCCAUUUGGAAAUUAUGAAGAUAAAAAAUAA